CGUCAAUACAAGCCUCUGUAUGCAGUCUGUCACGUGGUUUUUUUAAUGACCAGGGCAGCUCGCGCACACUGAUAUGAAGAGUCAUAAUGCAAACUCAGAGUUAGCCACAGUCUGAACCGGCUCUGUCAGGGAUUAUUUUACGCAUGUGGCUCCUGUGGACAGAGGACCUGUGGAUGUGUAUUCUCAUAUGUGACCACACGUGCAGUGAGUGCAGUGAUGGAUACGUGAGCAGCACUUUGUAGUGUGACAGUGAGCUAACCCGCGACAGGCUGAGAGCUGCUGACCGGAGGAUGGAGACACGGAGCAGCCUGACCGAGGCUCUGCGGCUCCGCUGCUGUCUCACCGGCAGCCGUGAACACGCCUGACAUCCAAGUCCCCGCGCCGCUGCCUCAUGAAGCAUGUUAACACCGACUGCGCCAGAGGUAGACACAAUGUGGGACAAGUCUCACCUGAUCCAGGAGGCAGUGUGAGCACCGUGGCUCCUUCACUCAGUCAUUUGUUGAACGCUGGACGGCACCCAUCCAUCCACACGCCGCAAGGGAUGUGGGGACCCCGGAGAACAGGGCUCUUUGAUAUCCUGUCACUGCUGCUCAUGGCGGUGAUGUGCUGUAACCAGAGCGUCAACGAGCCGGGGAACAUGUCUUACGUCAAAGAGACUGUGGAUAAACUGUUGAAAGGAUAUGAUAUCCGUCUCCGGCCGGACUUUGGAGGUGCACCGGUGGCUGUUGGCAUGAGUAUAGAUGUGGCGAGUAUAGACAUGGUGUCAGAGGUCAACAUGGACUACACAUUGACGAUGUACUUCCAGCAGUAUUGGAGAGAUAAGAGACUGGCCUAUGCAGGGAUCCCUCUCAACCUGACACUGGACAACAGAGUAGCAGACCAGCUCUGGGUCCCAGACACCUACUUCCUCAAUGACAAGAAGUCCUUUGUUCACGGUGUCACGGUUAAGAACCGAAUGAUUCGACUACACCCGGAUGGCACCGUUCUCUACGGCCUCAGAAUCACGACGACAGCAGCCUGCAUGAUGGAUCUGAGGAGGUACCCGCUGGACGAACAGAACUGCACUCUGGAAAUUGAGAGUUAUGGUUACACAACAGAUGAUAUCGAGUUCUACUGGAAAGGAGGAGACACUGCUGUGACCGGGGUGACACGCAUCGAGCUCCCUCAGUUCUCCAUAGUCGACUACAAACUGGUUUCCAGGAACGUGGUCUUUUCCACAGGUGCCUACCCUCGACUGUCUCUGAGCUUCAAGCUGAAGCGAAACAUCGGAUACUUCAUCCUGCAGACGUACAUGCCCUCCAUCCUCAUCACCAUCCUAUCCUGGGUGUCAUUCUGGAUAAAUUACGAUGCCUCGGCUGCCAGAGUUGCAUUAGGGAUCACCACUGUCCUGACCAUGACAACCAUCAACACCCAUUUAAGAGAGACUCUGCCCAAGAUCCCCUAUGUGAAAGCUAUAGACAUGUACCUGAUGGGCUGCUUCGUGUUUGUCUUCCUUGCUCUGCUGGAAUAUGCCUUCGUCAACUACAUCUUCUUUGGACGAGGUCCUCAGAUGCAGAAGAAACUGGCUGAGAAGGCACAGAAGGCAAAUAAUGACCGGGAUAAAUUUGAUGGACCCAAGGUCGACUCCCAGGGGAACAUUUUGCUGACAACCUUGGAGAUCCACAACGAGGUGGGAGGGAAUGAGAUCACAACCACUGUGAGCGAGACCCACAACUCCUCCUCCAUGGUGUACGACAACUCGGGGGUCCAGUACAGGAAGCCAAGCGGGCCGCGCUCCAGCCUGGACAGGAACGCACAUCUAAAGAAAACUCGGCUGCGGAGACGAUCCUCGCAGCUCAAAAUCAAAAUCCCGGACCUCACCGAUGUGAACGCCAUCGACAGAUGGUCACGGAUAAUAUUCCCCUUCAGCUUCUCCCUCUUCAACAUCAUCUACUGGCUUUACUACGUCAACUAACGCACUGAUGUUUUUUAAACCCAUUUCUGUCUCUGUGUCAUUUCUGACUUCUUUAUGUGAAGAACAUUAUACGGUGAAAACCCAAUGAACUUUUUUUUAUCAUAGCGUGAGCAGACUUUGAACUGUGACUCAGACACAAGGAGUCUGCAGGACAUGUAUUUUACAAAGAUGUUCAGAGCACUGAGACUUGUGAAGAGCUGGGACAUUAUAUCUCAUGGGUCGAGCCACAGACUCUUUGUGGUGUUGUGUAUCAAAGAGCAUUUACACUGCUUUAGGUCGACUGUACCCAUAAUGUCAGUAUAAAAUGUGGUCGCUGUGAUGCAACUUAAUGCUAACGAGGAGACAGCUGACGAAGAUUCAUACUGUUAUUACAGUUGUCUGUCGAUCUGCACAUGGACGAAUAUGAUCAUAUAAACAGACUCCAGACAGGACAGAGUUUGAAAUCAUUUGCAGAGAAGCCAGAUUUAAAGGAACUGUUCAAUCUUUUGAGAAAUACACCUUUUCCAUUUCUUGCCGAGAGUCAGAGCUGUUUCACACCAAGCAUGGAUUUUCAUCUGAAACAUUUGCACAGAAAUUUGAGAGUUUGUGGGGUCUCAUGAAUGGUUGCACACCCCUGUAGAACAGGGCCUCGAUUUCCACCAUAGAUAAAUAAUAAUACCUAUAGAUACUGGACCCCAAGAUGGCGCCUGUUUAGUCCAGUGAAACUUUUAGCUCCUGGGUUUACUUCUGAGGUACCAGACCACUAAAUAUGUGCAGCGACGUUCCCUCUUGGCUCAUAGACCUUACAUGAUGACAUCACAGAUUUUUCAAAAUUUACAACUAUAAAACUUCCGUGGCUCAAAUAUUCAUAACUAAUAGUCAUAACUGACCUUGUUUGCAGUUCAAGGUGUCCUGUCUACAGUUUCUUUUAUAAUCGUGGUCUAUGAGAAAAAUGCUAUUAGGGCCACAGGGAUUUUUUUCGUUGCAAUACCAGAAGUGGCCACUGGUAGAAAUUGGAAGCAAGGCUGAGAGGUGUUCCUGGGGCCCUGAUUUCUGCCUGUGGAAAUACACAUUUGGUCGAUUAAAUCUUUUAUUCCAACUGAUGUCAUACCUCCAGGUCGUAGCUAGCUUGUUGCCAAAAUAGGGGAACGUCUUAUCAGUUUGGCCUCUCAACACCUAACAUUGUACAACAAACACCACGACUACCUCAACAACUAAAUAAAGGACGAUAUAUAGCUUUAGAUCACUCAACAGCUUGCCAACGCUAUAUGCAUGUCACAGAACAGCUAGCAUUAGCAUUAUCAAAUGUAUUGUGUGCUUGAAGUUAGCCCCUUAGACAUUCUCUCUCACCUGGAUGUCCUUGCUGCAGUGGCUGUGGAUUCUGGGUUCUGCAUGUUGCCCCCUGUCUCCCCCUCUUUCACAGUCAAUUUGUCCUAUCUUAUGAAGACAAAAAAAGUCAAGGCAACAUGGAUAAUUCACACUAGCCCACCCGGUGUGAAAUAUUCAUCAUGUGAAUUUUCCAUAUUCCUGCACCACAUUUUUGCAUCACACUGGUGGGAAACAGCUUUCAGAUGAGAAGAUUUCACACCACUGUCACGCACAUAUGCUAAACAUGAAGCUACAGCCAGCAGCCACUUAGCUUAGCUUAGCAUAAAGACCAGAAGCAGGGGGAAACAGCUCAACAUACUUUCUAAAACGUUGAACAAGUCCUUCAUUCUCCUUUGACGCUGAUGCCAGCGACUGUUCACCGGUUGUGUUGAGGUGGACACUGGGACUGCUGUGACCUCGCUCCGAUGAAUAACGGAGUUUAACACUGUGUAAGAACGUCAAAAAGUAGCUUUGAUUUCAGAGCCCAGGUUUAUGAGCAAGAGAGGCUGAAGGAAAUCAUACCAGCAUUUUAUAAAGCUGUCAUUCUGUCAUUCACUGCCAUUACUGAAAGGAAUAUUUGACAGUUUUGGAAAAUAUGCUUAUCUGCUUUUUUGCUAAGAUUUAGAUGAGAUGAUCCGUGCCUCUCCGUCAGUUAGCUUAGCUUAGCAUAGAGACUGUAAAUAGGGGAAUGUGCUUAUUUAAUCCAUCAUCUCUUUACAUGAACAUAAAUGCAAAAUGUCCUGUAACUAUUUUUUGGCCAAGCACUGUGAUUUCCACAACUUGUCCCUUUUAACAUUUCUGUAUAAACAAACAAGAAUUUACAUGCUAAUUAGCAGGGCUGCCCCCUAAAAGUUGUUAGUGGACCAGAAAGGUUAUUAGUCAGCAAGAUUUCAUUGAUUGCUUAGUCGCAGUAGCAAAAAAAAAAACAAAAAAAAAAAAACUGUGAAACGUGAAUUUAAUUUGAAAGGACAGACACAGGAAGUGUCCACACUCAGCAGUCAGACCAGAGUCAGGUUCAUUUCCAGGGCUGGUACCUGCGGUUAUUCCACAGGCUAGUUAAGAACAUGUCGGGCAGGAAAUCCAAAGUGUGGGAUCAUUUUGAGAAGGUGAAGGACAAACCCAAGGUGAUAUGUAAACUCAUCUUCACUGGUCGACUACAAACAUGACGUAUCAUCUGAAACAUGGAAGUAGCUACAUGUCCAUUAGCCCACAGCGUCAUUAACAGGCGGCUCGCUCAGUGUGUGACGUGCACUUGGAGAUAAAAUAUAGGCCUAUAUUAAUGAAGGUUCAUUAGUACGGUUUGUAUUUCUCUGUAAUGUAGCACAGUGUUAACAAUGUUACUGAUACUAUUCUUUCUCACACCUUCAACUCAAACCACCAAAACAUAUCAUUUAAUAAUUAAAUCAAUAUCGUAAACAUGCAGGAGACUAGUCGACUGAUGGCCCUAAAUGACAACUGUUGGUCGACCAGGAAAAUUCUUGGUCUGGGGCGGCCCUGCUAACAGUUUCCCUCUGUGUCCAGUCUUUAAGAUAAGAUAAGCUAAGCUAACAAGCUGCUGGUUGUAGCUUCCUGUAGGGUACAGACACAAGAGUGGUGUCAAUUUCUUCAUCAUACUCUUGGCAAGAAAGUGACUGAGAGUAUUUCCCAAAAUAUGAAACUAUUUCUGAACAUUUGCAAUUAUUUCUUUACCAUCUGCCAUUGCUUUUAAGUAAUCAGGAAGAAGUGGAUGGUUUAUAUGUGGCUUGACAGUUGAAAAAAAGGUUCCCAGGCUUUUACAGUAAGCACGAACAAUAUCUGAUCAGUUUACACUAUUUAAUUUCCUGUUACUGUGCUUUGAGGAUCGCUGUCACAAUAUUUUACUGAUUUGUGAAACCCAUAUUUAAUACAGCUUAAUUCACAUGGCGACUCUUUUUUUUCUUUCAGACUGCAGGUUGUAUUGGAGACUGAGUGCAGAGAUCUCAUGUCAGAUUUCUUGAUCCUCCAUGAAGUUUAAUGUACAUACUGUUACUGCACAUUUUCUUCAGUUCACGUUAAUUACAUGCCUUUGUUGUCAGCAGUGUUUUGCUCAGUGAUUUCUGGCCUCGCUGUUUUUGUUUGUUAGUCUUUGCACAACAUUUCCUAUUUGUGUUGUAAAUAUAAAACACAAUAUCACAGCUUGUGAUUAUUUCCAUUCUUUCCUAAAGAAGUAAGUGGAUCAUGUGCAAUACUAUAAGUAAAGGAGGUACUGGGGGGGUAUGUAGUAUCUCCACAGCAACAACUGUUGGCGUACACAGCUCGCAACGCACCAUCUGCACUGCCUGGUUGAGCGACUCGCAGCGCGUAGGAGUGACAC